AUGGCCUCCUUCUCAAUUAUAAAGAAGAGUCUUUCUAAGAUUUGGCCCAGCCUGCUGCUAGUUCCGAUCAUUUCUGCAGACGCUGUGUUCCAGCCUGCCAUUUCUUGCCAAGAUCUAGCAAGCAGCCUUCACCUGAAUAAUGCGACUAUAUAUUUUGCACAGCUAGUAUCAGCGGGUUCAAAUGUCACUUUCCCAGACCAAGACGAGACUUGUACAACCACGUCGGUGGUGACUACCUCAGAUAUUUGCCGGCUAUCUUUUUCUAUUGCAACAAGCACAAUUAGUGCCGUCAGCCUAGAGGCAUGGCUUCCUCUCAACUGGACAGGCCGUUUCCUAGCCACGGGCAACGGAGGACUCAACGGUUGCAUCAAGUAUCAAGAUUUGGCAUACGGGACUUCUCAAGGUUUCGCCACCGUUGGAACAAAUAAUGGCCACAACGGGACAUCAGGCGAACCACUCUACAACAAUCCCGGAUCGAUCGAGGACUACGUAUACCGAUCAAUUUACCUUGAGGCAACUGUCGGGAAACAAAUUGUAAACACUUUCUAUGGCAGACCUCACUCUAAGUCGUAUUAUCUGGGAUGUUCGACUGGCGGCAGACAAGGCUUCAAGGCUGCUCAAGACUUCCCAGAGGAGUUUGACGGUAUUCUUGCUGGCGCACCAGCCUUUUCCAUGACAUCUCUGUUUUAUGCGAGCGCCCAGCCCUACCUUUAUACCGAGGACGAGUGGCGCCUUGUAGGAGAGGACAUGGUUAAGCAAUGCGACAAACUUGACGGUGUGCUUGAUGGAAUUCUGGAAGACCCUGAACUUUGCCAAUAUCGGCCCGAGUCUUUGAUAUGUGCGAAAAAUCAGACCACUGGUUGCCUGACCGGGGCGCAGGUAGAGACUGUGCGCUCCGUCUUCUCACCGACAUAUGGGCCUGAUGGCAAGUUCAUUUAUCCGCGGAUUCAGCCUGCAAAGGACAUGCCUUACGCUUACUACCUUUCCGGUGAGCCCUUCGCCUACAGUACCGACUGGUAUCGCUACGUCGUGUACAAGGACCCUUCUUGGGAUCCAGCGACCCUGAGCCCCGCAGAUUGGCCGCCGUUGUUGGAGACCGACACACACAAUGUGGCGACUUGGAAGGGGGAUCUGUCGCCAGCGCGAGAUGCCGGAACGAAGAUCCUUCAUUACCAUGGUCUCGAGGACACGGUCAUCACCAGCGAGAACUCAGCACGCUACUACAACCACGUGUCGCGCACAAUGGAGCUGACGUCGGCCGAGCUGGACGAGUUCUAUCGGUACUUCCGCAUUUCUGGAAUGAACCACUGCCGAGGAGGAAACGGGGCGUCUAUAAUUGGCGCCAGCGGGGGAUAA